GCAGGAGAAGUCAGAAGACUAAGUCCAAACACCGGCAUAAAAUCCGGAGAAGAGCUCAUAGAGACUUUGGCACUCAAAUUACGGGAUAAAAUAAUCGGAGAAUCGAGGACUUUUCUUCUUCUUUAUCUAUUUUAAAAAGGGGAUUUUUCUUUUUUUUUAAAAGGGACCACAGGAGAUUUCGAGAUGAUGCUGUGUGGCAUCUUUUUGCUGUUGAUGCUUUGGACUUGUGAAGGCGCAAGACUGGCAGAGGCUCGGGAUGAUAACAGUGUGUAUGACUUAUUUGAUCUGGCCCGGGUAAGCAAGAGACAUAACGGAGUGAGUUUGGUCAAAGGCGUAGAUCCCUACAGCCCUGCAUACAAGGUCCUGAAUGCAGACCUGAUCCCCCCAGUCCCCGACAGCUCCUUCAGGGACCUCCUCGACUCCAUCCAGGCUGAGAGGGGCUUCAUCCUGCUUGUCAACCUCAAGCAGAUCAAAAAAAGCAGGGGCAGCAUUUUGACCAUUGAGAAGAAUGACCAAUCUGGACCCAUUUUCGAGAUCAUUUCCAACGGAAGGGCAAACACUCUGGAUGUGGUCUACUCCACUCUGAACCAGCAGCAGGUCGUGUCCAUCGAGGAUGCAGAUUUGGCUACUGGACACUGGAAGAACAUCACACUGUUCGUUCAGGAUGACCGGGUGCAGCUUUUUGUCGGCUGUGAGGAGAUCGAUGUAUCAGAGAUGGAGUUGCCAAUUCAUAAAGUGCUGUCCCAGGAGGUGGCAGACAUUGCCAGACUCAGGAUUGGAAAAGGAGCUGUGAGGGACAAAUUUGUGGGAGUUCUUCAGAAUGUACACUUUGUCUUUGGGACCACUCUUGAUGCCAUACUGAGAAAUAAGGGAUGCCAGAGUGGAGCUGCCUUAACUGAUGUCAUGACCCUGGACAACCCAGUCAAUAACUCCAGCCCUGCCAUUAGGACUGAUUACAAUGGCCACAAAGCCAAGGAUCUGCAGUCUGUCUGCGGCUUCUCGUGUGAGGAUAUCGCCAGCAUGUUUAAGGAGCUCAAGGGACUCGGUGUGGUUGUUAAACAGCUGUCAAAUGAUCUCCGCAAAGUGUCUGAGGAGAGCACUGUGCUGAAAAAUAAAAUGAACAUUCAGCAUGGAAUUUGCAUCCACAACGGCAUUGUGUACAAGGACAAAGAUGAAUGGACCGUGGAUGGCUGCACCGAGUGCACCUGCCAGAACUCUGCUACCGUGUGUCGCAAAAUCUCCUGCCCUCUGGUGCCCUGUGCUAACGCCACCGUGCCCGAUGGAGAGUGCUGCCCUCGUUGCCCGUCCUAUAAAGAGGAUGGUUGGUCCCCCUGGUCUGAAUGGACCCCUUGUUCGACAACUUGUGGUCGUGGCAUCCAGCAGCGCGGACGCUCCUGCGACCGCAUCAACAACAACUGUGAGGGCACCUCUGUUCAGACCCGUGACUGCUACCCCCAGGAAUGUGACAAACGCUUCAAACAGGAUGGUGGUUGGAGCCACUGGUCUCCCUGGUCUUCUUGCUCUGUGACCUGUGGUGAGGGAGUCAUCACCCGGAUACGCCUUUGCAACUCUCCCACACCCCAGAUGGGUGGAAGGGACUGCCAGGGAGAAGGACGUCAAACUGAAAUCUGCAGAAAUUCCCCUUGUCCUAUUGAUGGAGGUUGGGGACCUUGGUCACCAUGGGACACCUGCACUGUUACCUGUGGUGGAGGAAUCCAGAACCGCAAACGUCUCUGCUCUGAUCCUGCCCCCAAAUACGGAGGAAAGGAUUGUAUUGGUGAUGGCACUAUGACUCAACUGUGCAACAAUCAGAGCUGCCCUGUUGAUGGUUGUCUCUCCAGCCCAUGCUUCCCUGGAGCAAGAUGCAUCAGUUUCCCUGAUGGCUCUUUCAAGUGUGGCAAGUGUCCUCUUGGCUACACUGGAAAUGGCAUCAAAUGUAAAGACGUCAACGAGUGUAAAGCUGUUCCUGAUGCUUGCCAUACACAUAACGGAAUCCAUCGCUGUGAGAACACCGAACCCGGUUACAACUGUCUGCCCUGCCCAACACGUUUCUCUGGCCCUCAGCCAUUUGGAAGAGGAGUGGAACAAGCAACUGCUAAAAAACAGGUUUGCAAACCCCGCAACCCUUGCCAGGAUGGUAGCCAUGACUGCCAUAAAAAUGCAAACUGCAUCUACUUGGGCGUCUACUCUGAGUCCAUGUUCCGCUGUGAGUGCAAGCCAGGAUAUGCUGGGAAUGGUCAUAUUUGCGGAGAGGACAGUGAUCUGGAUGGAUGGCCCAACACUGACCUGCUGUGUGUGGAGAACGCCACCUACCACUGCAAGAAGGAUAACUGCCCCGUCCUUCCCAACUCUGGACAGGAAGAUCAUGACAAAGAUGGCCUGGGUGAUGAAUGUGACCAUGAUGAUGACAAUGAUGGGAUCCCCGAUGAUAGGGACAACUGCCCAAGAGUGUACAACCCUGCCCAGUAUGACGCAGACAGAGAUGAUAUUGGCGACCGCUGUGACAACUGUGUGUUCGAGGCUAACACUGACCAAACUGAUACUGACAACAAUGGAGAGGGUGAUGCCUGUGCUGUUGACAUUGAUGGUGAUGGCAUUCUGAAUGAGAAUGACAAUUGCCCAUAUGUUUACAACGUGGACCAGAGAGAUACUGACAGGGAUGGUGUGGGAGACCAUUGUGACAACUGUCCUUUGGAGCAUAACCCUGAUCAGAUUGACUCUGACUCAGAUCGCGUAGGAGACAAGUGCGACAACAACCAGGACAUUGACGAAGAUGGUCACCAGAACAAUUUGGACAACUGCCCCUACAUACCCAACGCCAACCAGGCAGACCACGACAAGGAUGGCAAGGGUGAUGCCUGUGACCAUGAUGAUGACAAUGACGGCAUUCCUGAUGAGAAAGACAACUGUAGGCUGGCCUUCAACCCUGAUCAGGUCGACUCUGAUGGUGAUGGCCGUGGUGAUGUGUGCAAAGAUGAUUUUGACCAAGACAAUGUUCUGGACAUCUAUGACGUGUGCCCAGAGAACUUUGCCAUCAGUGAAACAGACUUCCGCAGAUUCCAAAUGGUUCCUCUGGACCCCAAGGGCACAUCCCAGAUUGACCCCAACUGGGUGGUCCGGCAUCAGGGCAAGGAGUUGGUGCAGACUGUCAACUGUGACCCUGGCAUUGCUGUUGGUUAUGAUGAGUUCAGUGCAGUGGAUUUCAGUGGAACAUUCUUCAUCAACACGGACAGAGAUGACGACUAUGCUGGCUUUGUGUUUGGCUACCAGUCCAGCUCACGCUUCUACACAGUGAUGUGGAAACAGAUCACACAAACCUACUGGUCCCACACACCCACAAGAGCUCAAGGCUACUCUGGCCUGUCAAUCAAAGUGGUCAACUCCACCACAGGGCCUGGUGAGCAUCUGAGGAACGCCCUGUGGCACACCGGAGACACAGCAGGACAGGUGCGCACUCUGUGGCACGACCCCAAGAACAUUGGCUGGAAGGACUUCACUGCCUACAGAUGGCAUCUGAUCCACAGACCCAAGACUGGACUUAUUAGAGUAAUCAUGUAUGAAGGCAAGAGAAUCAUGGCCGAUUCUGGAAACAUCUACGACAAGACAUACGCUGGUGGGCGACUAGGCUUGUACGUCUUCUCUCAGGAGAUGGUUUACUUCUCAGACCUCAAAUAUGAAUGCAAAGAUACAUAAUUGGACCACAGAGCCUUCCAGACAGAAUCAGUCUGUCAGUAUGACUAUAUAUAUAUAUAUAUAUGGGACCUGGAUCGAUAUCUCUUUAACUUUUUCUUUUGAGAAAUGCACAUUGGAGGAAUGACGAGCAAGUGAACUAACGUGAGGUAAACUGACCUCAGGACUUUAAGCCAAAUGAAAGUUCAAUGAUGAUUCUGCACCACUGCACCAAACUCAAAUUGUGAGCGCAGCUCUGCUCAGAAGAAUUGGCCCUCUCAUUUGUUGCUCUGAUCUGCAUUGAUGGGGGGGCACGUUUUUAGCUUUGCACACCUGAACUGUUGUUAGUUGGCGGUAUUUCUCCCUGGAUGAGGGACCAAAGAGAGAGAAGAGUGUUUUAUGUUUUUAAUUAUUUUUAUUAUUAUUUUUGAGCAUUAAUAUACAUCUGCUGUGGACUCGAAGAGACUAGUGUCAGUAUGAAGAGAGCAGUGAGAGAACUUUCUUAGGACGGGGAAAAUAUACCCCUUGAAGGAACUGUUGAGGGACCAUGGACAGUAUGGACUGACUGUUACUAUCAAAGAGAGUGAAUGUUGUUUGUGUGUUUGUGCAUGUGUGUCAACCAACAAGCAUAAUUAUGAAGACAACCAUGUAAGUUUUUUAUCUUUAUUUCUCACCCCACUUUCAUCCAGACCUGUAUAUACGUAGGUCAUGAAUUUAGUCGAGGCUUAGGGCUGGCCCAAAACAUUUGUCUUCUCAGGAAAGAGCACUAGAAGAAACAAGGAGAGCACAAAAUUCAGGACAGCACAGGGCCCCAAAGCAGGUGCACUGAACACUGCUUUGGAACAGUAAUUAUUAGCAAAUAUUACGUUAAUAUCUCUAAUCUUUACUGACGGUGUUAAGGGACGUAAACAGCAAGGGCCAGUCUAUUUCCUGUGAUAAGUAAACCAUUGUAAGUAUGGCUGCUAAUCUGGACUCAUCUCUGUGUCUUGCCAUAUUAAAAUCAAUAUCUAAUGGCAAGAUCUAGCAUUACAUUAAAAGGUAAAAGAUAGGCAUCAUGUACAGUAUCUCUGAAUAUUCUGCUUCUGCACAGUGUGCUUGACUUGUGUGGCUGAGCUUGUGUGUACAUUUCUGACAAAGAGAAUAACAAAGGAAAAGGAAACCCUUUAUGUACAAAUAUUACCUCAUUAAUUCUUUUUGUAUUGAGGCCAGCAAUACACAAGAAUCACUUGUCUUAGCAACAGAGUAUAAAUUGGUUGGCUUCUGUUUUUUUUUUGUUUUUUUUAGCAAGACUUUAGUAUCAUUUAUAUGCUGUAUAUAAGAUAUUUUUGUAGCGAGAGAAGCGCCAAACAGGAACGUAAAGGAUUAAAGAAAUGUUGUCUUGACUAUAUUGUGCUAUAUGUAUUUCCUGUGCAUUGUUUUGAUAAAUUAUUAUGUCUGUUGUAUGUUGAGGUCAUUUCAUUGUGUAGAUAUAUGCUAUUUAAAUAAUUUAUCUAGAAGCGUAGCCUCAUAUGGAAGCGUUUCUGUCUGUAUAAACUUAUUUGCACACUGACAUGAGGAUGUCUUUGUUGUUUUGUUUUUUUGUAUGUCUUUUUUUAAUUAUUAGUGAAGCUUUUCUAUAAACUUUGUACUAUAGUUUCUACCCAAAGUGCUGUUUAUACUCUUACCUGGUAUUUUGUAAUGUCAAGUGAACAAUAAACAUUUCUGGAAAAAAA